AAAAUAAAAAAGAGUUGAAACCGCGAAACGCUUCAUUUUUGGAUCUAGAGAAAAGAAAGAAAACGAACUCGAGAGUUGGAUCGCGUGAUCGCUACGAGGCGAAUAGUUACGCAUCACGAAUCCGAUACAGAUCUCGCUUUUUCUCAACCGCCAUCUCCCUUGAUCUCAUUUCUCACAUUGGAUCACCAAAAAGAUGAUCAAUGAUCAAGACCUGGGAUUUUUCGCCAACUUUCUAGGCAUUUUCAUUUUUCUAUUGGUGAUUGCUUACCAUUAUGCGAUGGCUGACCCAAAGUAUGAAGGGAGCUGAAAAGGAUGCAGGCAGAUUAGAUCGGGUUUUUUUUCCCUCUCCUAUUGUUCCUUUCAUCCUGUUUGACAUAGGUUUGAUGGAAGAUUAAUACAGUGAUGACCUCUGAUCGGAGUUUCGUGUUCUCUUUCCAUCUGGCCGCCAGGUUACAAUAGAACCAUUAUUUUCCCUUCUGUUAUACACUUGGGAUUUAAGAUUGAAUCUGAUGUUUUAAUUUUAAAACCUCGGGCAAAUUGCUGAGAGCAAAGUUAUGUUCAAGUGUACUCCUAUAUCCAUUUUGUUACACUAGUAAUCUUUUCUGUUGUUAAAAUGAUGGGAAUGUUCCCAAAUA